AUGGAUCCGGAAAGCGAGUGCGAGACCGACCUGCGCGUGCUGGCCGCCGGCAUCCCGCUGCCGCCCCCGCCACCCCCGCUCGGCAGGGACCCCGCCGUGCCGCACGCCCCCGUGCGCACGCACCGCCUCACCACCGACCAGAAGAGGCUGGCGGUGAAGAACGCGCUGCGCUACUUCCCGCUGGAGUACCACUCCAGGCUGGCCCCAGAGUUCGCCCAGGAGCUGGACGAGUACGGACACAUCUACAUGUACCGCCUAAUGCCCAAGUUCCCUGUCAGGGCUUAUCCACUGCAACUUCUGCCUGCCCGUUGUCCAGAGGCGGCGGCCAUCAUGCUGAUGAUCCUCAACAACCUGGACCCGGCGGUGGCGCAGUUCCCACACGAGCUCGUCACCUACGGGGGCAACGGACAGGUCUUCUCCAACUGGGCACAGUUCUGGCUGGUGAUGCGCUACCUGUCUUCGCUGGAGCGCGACCAGACGCUGGUGCUGUACUCGGGCCACCCGCUGGGGGUCUUCCCGUCGCCAGCGUCGGCGCCGCGGCUCGUCAUCACCAACGGUAUGGUGGUGCCCAACUACUCCACCAGGAAGCACUACGACGACAUGUUCGCACUCGGAGUCACCAUGUACGGCCAGAUGACCGCGGGAAGCUUCUGUUACAUCGGGCCGCAGGGCAUCGUCCACGGCACUACGAUCACGCUGAUGAGCGCGGGCCGCAAGUACCUGGGCUGCGACAGCCUGGCGGGCAAGGUGUUUGUGACGGCCGGCCUGGGCGGCAUGAGUGGCGCGCAGGCCAAGGCCGCCGUCAUCGCCGGCUGCGUCGGCGUCAUCGCAGAGGUGAGCGAAGAGGCGCUGCAGAAGCGGCUACGCCAGGGCUGGCUGUGCGAGGUGGAGGGCGACCUCAACAAGCUGAUCCAGCGCAUCAGGGAGGCCCGCCGCAAAAAGGAGGCGACCAGCAUUGGCUACCACGGCAACGUGGUGAACCUGUGGGAGCGGCUGGUGAGGGAACUUCGCGAGAAGGGCGAGCUGCUGGUGGACCUGGGCUCCGACCAGACGUCCUGCCAUAAUCCCUUCCAGGGCGGCUACUACCCUGUACAGCUCGCCUUCCAUGAGGCGCUGAAGGUGCUGUCUGAAGAGCCGGAGCGUUUUUCGUCGAUGGUGCAGGCGAGCCUGGUGCGCCACGUGGAGGCGGUGAACGAGCUGGCGGCGGCCGGGAUGCGCUUCUGGGACUACGGCAACGCCUUCCUGCUGGAGGCGCGCCGCGCGGGCGCCGACGUCGAGAAGGCGGGCGCCGGCCCACUCGCCUUCCGCUACCCCACCUACGUGCAGGACAUCAUGGGGGACAUAUUCUCGUUGGGAUUCGGGCCUUUCCGCUGGGUGUGCACAUCUGGGCUGGAGAGCGACCUGCAGACCACGGACAAGCUCGCAAUUGAUGAACUGGAGACUCUGCUGAAAGAUGAGAGCGUGGGCUACUCGACGCGCGCCCAGUACGAGUCCAACCUGGAGUGGCUGCGGCGCGCGGAGGAGCACCGGCUGGUGGUGGGGUCGCAGGCGCGCAUCCUGUACGCCGACCGAGAGGCCCGCCGCCGCAUCGCCGCCGCACUCAAUGACGCAGUCCGCACCGGCGCCGUCAAGGGCCCCAUAGUACUCAGCAGGGACCACCAUGACGUCAGCGGCACUGACAGCCCAUUCCGCGAGACAUCCAACAUAGACGAUGGCUCUGCUUUCUGCGCAGACAUGGCCGUGCAGAACUGCAUCGGAGACGCAAUUCGCGGAGCCACCUGGGUCGCACUCCAUAACGGCGGCGGCGUCGGCUGGGGCGAGGUGAUAAACGGCGGCUUCGGUCUUCUGCUGGACGGAUCGGAGGACGCGGCGAAACGGGCGCACACCAUGCUGGCUUGGGAUGUCAGCAACGGAGUCGCUCGCAGGUGCUGGUCUGGAAACGAGAUGGCUCUGGAGGCUACGCGCGUGGCCAUGAAGUCGGACCCUCGUCUCGAGGUGACGCUGCCGCACCACGCCUCGCCUCAGCUGCUGAACACUCUCUUCCAGUGACCUGUGCCGCCAGGACUACCUCAUCGGUGUUCAGCUCACUCUAUGCUUCCUCUCACUAAUUGUCAGAAAUGUGACACUCAUAUUCCUCUGAUACAUGUGUAAUUUGUCAUUGCUUUCUUAAUCGAUUGUGAUUUAAAGAGGAAAUAUGUCUGUAUGUGAAGAAUUAUCUCGCAGCAGCGCUGUGGUAUGGUUACUGAGCUUUUUGAUACUGUACUCGUGAUGGUUUCUCUUGUUGUGAGUUCGUUCGUGCAACAGUAAUUUUUAUCACAUUUUCUUCUGGUUCCCUCUUCUGAGUUUUGGUUUGCUCUUUUGUCUUUCCGGUGCGAUGACUCAAAUAUCUGGUCUCAUAUAUCGAGGGGUUUUAAAGAGAUUUAUCCGAUAUCAAACGACUGUAUCUCCUACAUGAAUUACAGCUGUAUCAGUGUUCUUUCUCGUUUAACUCCCGUACUGUUCUUCCAGUACUUAUUUUAAUGUCAGUGACAAAAGAUUGAGAGACAAGUCAUCAUCCGAUAGCUUUUACAAAGCAUGAAACUUCUGCCAUCUACUAUCCUAUUUCUUCCAAAAUAUUUAAAGUCGUUGUUAAUAUGUCAACUUUUACAAGUCAUACAGUUUCUGCCAACUACUUUGCCACUUGUUCCAAACAUUCCACUACCCGGUAGCUUUUUGAAAACAUGAAGUUUCUGCCAAUUACUUCGCUAUUUGAUCCAAAAUAUUUAAUCUCGUUGCUAGCCUGUUAGCUGUAACAAAGCAUGAGGUUUCUGCCAACUACUUUGCUGAUUGUUCCAAAUUGCUUUGCAAACCACGAAAUUUCUGCCAGCUUUGCUCAUUAACCCCUUUGUUAGCCUGUUAUCUGUAACAAGGCAUAAGGUUUCUACAACAACUUUGCUGAUUGUUCCAAUGCUUUUCAAGCCACGAAAUUUCUGCUAGCUAACCCCUUUGUUAGCGUUUUAUCUGUAACAAAGCAUAAGGUUUCUACAACAACUUUGCUGAUUAUUCCAAUGCUUUUCAAGCCACGAAAUUUCUGCUAGCUUUGCUCAUUGCUCCAGAUUAUAUCAUUUCGGUGACACACAUGUAUCAGAAGAAGACCAUAAAUAUAUCAACUGUCCAAUUAAUUUCGCCUGCGAGUUCUCUUCCAAAUCAAAAACUUUUUUUUUAUUAUAUAAACUAUAUGUUGCUUCUUGUUAUGAAGAAGUGACGCUUUUAUUUUGUUCACUUUUGCUGUCAUUGUUUUAUUAUGUCCAGAUAUAUACACAACUAAGUCUCUCUUACCUCGUGACAUACGAAGAUGGAGAGUGAUGCUGCUGUCUAUGCUUCGCUGAUUUUGUAAGAUGGAGCGGCGUCUUUCUUAAUUUUAGGCGAAUUUACUAAUAUGAACGUUGACGCUCUUGGGCACAAACUGGCUUCAAUCAAACAAAUUGUCUGGAAAAGUGGAAAUAAAAAAAUUCGGAGUGGUAUAUGAAGGAGUAUCCAUAUGGGACUAAUGCUUUGAAUUUACGCGGAAUCGCCUAUUUUCAGUAUUUGACGCAACCCCCAAUAAAUAGGGUGUUUCACAAUUUCUGUUAGAUGCUUCUAGGACAUUUAGGGGGGACAUAGUAUGCAAAGUUUCGAAGAAGAAUCCGUUACCGGAAAUGUACCGUGUUGCUGUAAAAUAAAUCUGAAGAUCGAAUCACUUUUAAAUCUCUCGGUUCAUUGAACAAACAUAGCGGACACAAUGAGCUCUGACCCGGGUAAUGAACAGGAGCCCAUGGCAUGGGCAGUGUUCCGAGUAGUCUUCGUCGGGUUCUCCUCUAUGUGACAAAGGACGUCAUCUCCGAAGUCGGGAGUACAGCGCACCACAUCCAGUCCUCUUACAUAGGUCCAAACGUACCACUUUGAGGCUUUGUUGCAGUCGGUCGAAAAUGUUACUUGAUGUCUUAAUUACAACAGGGACUGACUCUUCUCAGUUAGUAUGAGUACCGCGAGGCCGGAAAUUUGAAAGUAAGCCGUUCUUCAUAAACUGUACAGUUCCGAAGUUGAGUUCCUUAUAAAAACUUUAUCUAGCAAGUCCCCUCAACAACCUGCAGAAGCCUGUUAUAGGAAUUAUGAAUACCCUAUAUAAUUGUAGGGGCGCGUACUUUUAUUGAAAGGAAAACACACUUAGCGCCACUAGACAUGUCGCAUUUUCACAAAGUAUUAUUUAGUAAUCAAUCACUUCUCGCCGUAUUCAGUGAAAAGCCACAUCCUCCCAUCAUUCACAGCUCACACAUCAGCUUCUCUAUGAUCAUAAAUCUCUUGUAGAAACUCAACAACUUUAACCAUUUGGAAUCACACGUUUUUUACCCCGCCUCCAUACACAUCUCUUUCCCUAUUUUCACACAUUCUAUGUCCAGAAAACGCUACACCAAACGUUUUCUGUGCUCUCCCUCCUUCCACUUUCCUACAACUGUCCGUUCCUCUGAUUUUACCCAGAUAUUAAUCUCCCUGGGCACAGCACCCAUACGGCAGAAAAUGGACAUGUAUAAAACAUACAUAAACACAAAUUUACGUGUUUCAGGUAGCACAGAUAUUAAAGAAAAAAAGAGAAAAUACGAGGGUAAUCCCAAAAGUAAGGUCUCCUAUUUUUUUAUAAGUACAUAGACCUGUUUAUUUCUACAAUGGUUUACAUCUGUUUAGAGCUUGAACAUUUAACUAUUUUUCGACAUAAUCACCAUUUCUGUCGAUGCAUUUUUGUAGACGCUGUGGCAGUUUUUGUAUGCCCAUGUCAUACCAAGUCGCCGCCUUGCUGUUCAGAAAGUUAUGAAUUGGCAUGAUUGGUGCUUUGUCUCAGGCGUAAAGUGGUAUGCCCAGGUUUCGUCACCCGUGACAACUGAGUCCAGAAAGUUGUCCUGUUCGGCUGCAAGGCGGUGAAGAAACGCGCGGCAAGCAUCAACUCGCUGCAGCAUGUCGUCCUCAGUCAGCAAGCGUGGCACCUAUCUUGCGCACACCUUCCGGUAGUUCAAUUUUUCCAUCAAAAUUCUGUGAGCAGUGCUUCGGGAAACCUCAGGAACCAAUGUGCAGAGGUCACCCAGGGUGAUCCGCCGAUCUUCACGCAUGCUUUGGUCAACCUUCAACACUGUCUCCUCAGAAAUUGACGGUCUCCCGCUCCUUUCUUCGUCGUGAAUUUCGGUCCGACCAGCUGCAAACGCUCUACACCACUUACGAACAUUUUUGACAUCCAUGCACGACUCAUCAUACACUUCCGUCAAGUGGCGGUGGAUUUCAAUCGGCGCAGUGCCCUCUCCGUUCAAAAAGCGAAUAAAUGCGUGCAGUUCGCACUUGGCGGUAACAUCCAACGGGAGCUCCGUUCUCAACGGCUGGCAAGCCAAAACCGCGCCUCAGCGCGGCGGCGUGCGCAUGUUUACACACAGCGCGUGAAGCACUCUUAUAAGUGUGACCAACUGCCACACAAACAGAGUUCUGUACUUAUAAAAAAAUAGGAGAUCUUGCUUUUGUGAUUACCCUUGUAUAUAAUUAACACGACAGAAAAAUUAUGUCACGAAAUGAAGAUAGAAACACUAUGUAAAUUUUAGCUUACGCAUUGGACUACAAAGUUUUUAUUUUCAAAAUAACCAUUUUGCAACAAUUUAUAACUUUUGGGUACUCUUUAAUUUCACAUUUAGGAUCAAAGUUUUUAUUUCCCUUUCACAAACUCUCAAUUAACUUCCACAGGACGCACGACACACACAGAGACGAUAGUUAAGCUCUUCCCAUACUUUUACGAGCACAUCUGUAGUUAAUGCACUCGCUGCUGUCGCUAAUGCAACGUGGAAAUUCACACAAAGCUGUUGAUAGGGGAAGGAUAUACGAGUAUUUCACAAACCCCUACGCAAAGCUCACAUACGGUGAGAUCAGGCGACCCUGAGGACGAAUUCUGCAAUAUGAGAUCCAUAGACCCCUUACUCUGUAGGAGUUGCAGCGGCGUUCUCUAGACGAAAAGUUGUGAUUGAAGUCGAGAAUGAGAAAUGUCAUCUCGACUGGGUGCAUACUGGGCAAUGAACAAGCGAUCGUGCUGGUUGUCACAGGGAGACCCUGACUGCCAGCUUACAACUGGCAUCAAGGUGUACUCUUAACAAAAGACCGCGGCUAUUCGCCAUCGCCGAUUCCCUUCAAAUUUAUGGUAUAUUCAGGGCAAGACCAGAAAUGAAUGUGACGAGCGUGGGAGCCCCAGAUGGCCAAGCUUUGAGAAAAAAAAUAGCAAUUUUGAACGGGGGCGGCGAGGCUUGAACCGUUUAUGUUGAUGUAUUUUCCAGGAAGUGUUUGGCGCAGUGGAAAGAUUAAAGAACAGCAGUUUGAGGGUCAAAGGGUCCAGUAUGUAUGGGGAAACCAUUUUAUGUUUCUUUAUUUCCAGUUUUUACGUUACUUACACUGCAAAUAAACCAAAAUAGUGCUCAAUAUAUUGUAUUAGUUAAUGUUUUCAUAAUAAGUAUGAAAAGGAAAGGGAUAGGAUAAAUCGAGAUUGCAAACAAUGUCCCGGGAAGCGAUUUUACGGCGUACACCAGAACUUCGUAUAUAAAACUAGUCGAUGAUAUACGAGUGCUGGGAUGAUACUCAUCCUAAAAAAGGUAGCAUUAAUUUUCUCGGCGUUUUGCUCACGUUAUAAACGCCACAUUUUUACAAUUACAUCGUCAUUUUAAAGUUUCUAUAGGGAAACAAACCUGGUUCACAUUAAUGGAAGAUUCUCUAUCAUCGUUUGGCAACAGACCACGCACUACGCAAAUUUUCUCCAAAUUUGGCUACCAUAGCUGGUGAUGUACAAUGGAAUGUAUUUUGAUGCAGUCUUCUCAAAGCUCAAACUGAAACUUAUGGAAUACGAAGUCCUGUACGUUUUAAUUACUAUGUAUUCGUGAAGUGUUAGUUGCGGAGUCCUCAUGGAUGCAAUCCUUUCUCGGAAAUUUAUUUACAAUCCAAAAUUUUCCUUUACCUCACAUCUACAAUACUCACUUCCAUUUCUGGCCUAGUCAUGCAGAUACCAUAAAGUUCCCAUACAAUACGUUUAACAUGACUCAAAGUUUGUAUCUUCAUAUACUUAGUAGCUAUAGUUCUGUGAAAUCGGAUGAAUCUUUUUGAAAAAUGCUCUAUUUCCCAAUAGAGUUCGCUUAACAUAGCCGACCAACUAGACCGAAUUCUACGUAAUAAAAAGCAUCUUGAACCCAAAGCGACGAUCCAUAUAAUCUUCACGAUCUCACAGACAAUACUAUCUACUCAUUAAUUCUCAGCACUGGCAAAGCUGCCGAAUUAAAAAUAUCAUUCAGCUCUUAAGUAUCAUUUACUAUAGACAUACAAAAACGACUGUUAGUUAAACACCUUUCUGUCUCCGACAUUUACAGUAUUAGUGAUCGCGUGAGUCCGAGUUAGCUUUAGCAGAUAAGAACUGGCAGCUCUAGCGGUUAUCAAGCAGUAUCUGAGUAAAUUUUACUCGAUAUCUGGGUAAUCCAGUUGGUGAGAUAAAGGACUUAGCGUCGCUCUCGACGUUUGUCCCUCGUCGAUUCCAAUAUCUUAAGAGAUUCUUUGACAGAUUUACUCUGCUCUCUAGAAAGACGAAGUUUGUUUAUAUUUAAUAUGCGCUUACCCGUUGUGGAACUAACAGCAUGUACAAAAGGGCGUCAGUUUUUUCGACUACAGCUGAUAGCAAAUCUCCUACCACUUAGGAUAGUAUCAGUUACGUUCAUUAUGACUACUGCUUCCACCUCUCUGGUCGGACUGUUCUUGUCUCAUAAUUGUUGAUAGUUCUAAAAGCAACUAUGUGGAAGAAAUAGCAUACCUCUUUUAUUAACAGAGACUGUACAAUUUCGACUUUCUACAUUUCAAAUCACACAAUAAAUUUCAUCAGUGUAAUGAACAAAAUUCUACGAUGUAUAAAAUAUGCUGAUCUGUCAUAACAGUAGUAUCCACACCUCUGUAGUACCUGGAGCUUUGCAUGUCAUGUUGAAUCUAUUAACAGAUUGACCGCAACUUCGUUACCGUUAUCUCUCAGCCGCUUUUACAGAGGAACCACAUUUCAGACACGUUUGGAGGUUCCGAAUUGUCGGUUUCGGACAUCUCGUGUUUUAGAUAAGAGAGCCAACACUUCAUUUAGGUAUUCUUUAAAUGCAGUAAUGCUAUAUUAUUGGAAACUUGAUAUUUGCCAAUUCCAACCUUUGAGGUCAAAAGUUCUUUGUGAUGGCAUUUCCUGUACACUUCCACACUUCCAUACAAGCGAGCUGAUCUCCAAGUGCAUCUUCCUCUUUCUCACUCGAUGUGGCCACAUGACAGCAUUGAUCAUUCAUCUGCAGCUCUGUGGUUACUGGUAUAUUCCAACACUUAUCUCACUGUGAUAACGCUUAAAUAUCUCCUGUAAUCAUUUUAUUUCUUAAAGUACAAGCAAGGACUUGAAUCUGGGCUAGGUGAGUUUUUUAUUGACUCUUCAUUUUAAAGAACUAGGUUGAAGUUCGUCACAUUUAAAACUACACUGUCCAACACAUUAGCAGAUAAAUGCUAUUUUCUCAAAGACGCCGGAGCAAAAGAGGGAACAACUAAGGAGGCCAGUGCGUACUGAAGUUCGAACCUCACACUAUCGCCAGGGAACCACCACUGUUUUUCAUAAAUUACAUGGGAAUAUUCCGGAACAUGUGCGCUCAAAAAACUGCGAAGAAUUUCGUGCUGAUGUCGUCGUAAUGGUCUGAUACUUAUUUACAGUGACUAACAAGUAUCAAAGAUUAUCAGCAUUAAUGGAAAGUAACUGUUAUUACACUUGUGAAAUACUGCAUAAGCCUUUACUCUGUGUUAAAACGACAAGCCUACCAGUUUCAGAUAAGCCUACCAGUUUCAUAUCUCGACGUAACUGUUUACUAGAAUCCUCUAAAUUGUCUUCGACCCACGGUAUUCACUUUUCCCUUCCAAUCGCUAGUAUCUCUCUCUUUCUCAUACACACCACACGCAAAUUUGUCAUCUGUGUAACAUCUCACACCGCCCUGUUGGCAGGGUUUCUGCUUAUGUAAGUCUUAGUCAGCAAGUUCACUGUUCCAUAUGGAUUUUCCACAACUCCUGUUGGAAUUCUUUAUUCCCUGUAAUACAGUCAUGUUUCGUCGAUUCUACAGUUUUCAGAUUAUUUGUAGAUAGUCAUUUGAGAAGUUCUCGGCCUUCUGUUUUCCAGCAGUCAUAUUAAUCCACUAACGCAUCUUCACCAAAUUUUCAUAAAAAUGAUUUGUUAAAGGAAGUGUUUCGUUCAUGUCCGAUAUUAUUUUAAACUAGUAGGUUUUCCGUUUGCAUUCGCCUCCUUUCUACAUCUGCUUAGUUUGUGACAGCAGUUUUUUUCUUAAUUCCCACGCUUAUUAGAACUACUUCUUAUGAUUUAUCACUCCAUUCCCAGUCUUAUAGUUCCACCCUGAUUCUCGUUUAUAGCACUGAUUUUCAUCUCUGACCUUUUUUCGUGUUACAAACCCCUGUUAGUACCACUAACCUUCGUUCUAAGCCUCUUCUUAGUAAUAAUGUGAAUACAGAAGUUUGCUACGUAUAAAGGCAAUGUCCUAAACAACAGUGCGUUUCAUUAGACAAUAACUUGUCAGUAAAGUCUCAUUUCUAAGUCUCAAAAUCGGAGUCCAGGUGUUAAGACUGUUACACUGAUGUAGCCACAAGCUACAUCCAGUUUCCAUAAUAUAACCCUGAAGAACAGCCCCACAUCCAGGUAUCUCACAAAUACGUGUUUCUACGCCCUUGAAACACAGCCUUUGGAGUUACUGUAGAUUUAAACAAACAUUUGUCUUGAAUUGUAGGUUACGCUAAUAAUAGAAAUGGCAGUUUAUUGCUGCCCACUCAUUCAGUUUAUCUGAUGUUCAACUAUUCUCAGUGAAGUGUACAUUCAGUCAAAUGAUCCAAUUUCAUUUUGAGACAAGUACUAUAUGUCAUAUACCAGAUGCAUGGUGAGGGGAUGUAAAACGGCUUUCGCAAGAAAUGUGCUCAAUCUUCGUUAUUAUAAAUGUUCUUGAACUUCCUCUUUGUAUUGAUUCAAUACAUUGUCAGUUUGCUGUGUAAAUAUUUCUAAGCAUUAAGUGUUAGUUGAUUUUGUAAAUCUUAUUAAGAAUGGGGAAAACUGUGACAACAAAUAAAUAAAAAUCUUUAUAAGAAAA